AUGGACAAGGCGAAAGUGGAAGCCAAGAAAAAGGUGGUUGAAGACAAGACCUUCGGCCUGAAGAACAAGAACAAGAGCAGCAAAGUGCAGAAGCACAUUCAACAACUGCACAGCACUGUGGAUCCGAAUGCAAAGGCCAAAACGCAGAUGGCAGAUGCCAAAAAGGAGAAAAAGAAGCAACAGGAAGAGUACCAGAAGGAACUGGACAGCCUCUUCAAGGCUGCCUUCAAGCAGCCGAAAAUCCCCGUGGGUGUUGACCCAAAAUCCAUUAUCUGUGAAGCCUUUCGUCAUGGCCAGUGCACCAAAGGGUUCAAAUGCAAAUUCUCCCAUGACUUGAACGUCGCAAGAAAGGGCCCCAAGAUUGAUCUGUACACUGACAGACGAGAUGAUGAGAAAGAAGAGACGAUGGAAAACUGGGACCAGGACAAAUUGGAGGAUGUCGUGCAGAAAAAACAUGGGAAGGAGAACAAGGAAAACCAGACGUCCAUUAUUUGCAAGUAUUUUCUGGAAGCUGUGGAAAACAAGCAAUAUGGAUGGUUUUGGAAAUGCCCGAAUGGGGACAAGUGCAUUUACCGCCAUGCCUUACCCCCUGGUUAUAUUCUAAAGUCUCAGAUGAAGGAACUGCUGGAAGAAGAGGCACGCAAGCAGAGGAAGGACGUAUCAGAAGCUAUUGAAGAGGAGCGCCAGAGUUUGGCAGCAGGAGAGAACAUCACCGAGGAGACGUUUAGGCAGUGGCGAGCAAAGAAGACACAAGAGCGGAAGUCCAAACAAGAGCAGGCUGAAGCUGAGCGUAAGAAGAAAGGGAUACUCAAUGGACGUGAGAUAUUCUCUCAGCAGGGCUUCACAGCUGUGGAUGACAGCAGCGCUGCAGAAACUUACGAGCGAGAGAAAGAUGAGGAGGAUGAGAUACUGAAGUGUAGCGCAGAUGCAGAGGCCAAAUAUAAGCUUGCCAAGGAACAAGCAGCAGCUGCAGGCAGCAUGAAUACACCAACGUCAGGGGAUGCGCCCUCAGAGUCGCAGGCGCCUGCAUCAAGCGAGCCCUGCUCAUCGACCGCAGCGGGCCCCUCCACCACAUUGCAGUUGGACGAGGAGGAUGAGCAACUGUUUCUUGAAGGGGACGAUGAAGAUGAUCUGGACGACGACGAAUUGGCACAGCUGGAGGAGCAAGUGCGAUCUGGGACAUAG